AUGAGUCGUCGUUUUAUGGAUUUAUUAACAAAACCAGAACAUGUGGUCAGAGCUGUUCAACAACAUAGUCGAGUACGUCUAAUAUUCCUUCAUCAUAAUACGCCAAAUGUCAAAGAGAAUGUAUGUAAACUGAUUGAAAUAUUGGUCGAAGCUGAAUUUAUAAAAGCAAAAUCAGAUGGAAAAACUUUAUUAGAUUCAGACUAUGGCUAUAAAGUUCAGCGGAUCGAGCAAAAACUACAGCCACCUCUUAAUCCAAGAGAUAUUCAGGUUAUUCAUGAAUGGUCAGUUAAAAUUGCUCAAGCAUCGAUUAAAUUAAAUGCUAAUCCCACUGGAAUCCAAUACGAUGUAGAUCAAAUUCUAGGAACAGAUCAACAUGUAUUUUCUAUACUCGGACCGCAUCUUGGUCAUUAUUAUGGUGAUAUUGUUAUCACUUUUAAGCAAGAAAUUAUGUUUCAUCCGGAUGCCAACUUUUCUAUUCAGGCUGGAACUAAAUUUCAUAGCAAGUACACUUAUUCACAUAGGCCAUGGACGAAAGAUCCAGGAACUGAUGGUAAACGAACAGAACAUUUUCAUAGCUCAAAACUGCAUUGCUCUAUUCAUGGUUAUGAAUAUGCAGCGGCUUCAGAAUUAGUCGCUCUAACAGGUGCAGAUCGCGAAUCAAUGAAUGUCAAUAUUGAAGCUAUUCUUAAGCGAUGGACAAGUGUGGAUUCUCAUGAGACAUUCGAAGCACAUUUGCCACAACUAAUUCCAUUAGAUUAUAUUGAUCGUGUUUACAUACCAAAAAAUGUCUUUGAAUCCCUUUCACCUGAAGCUCAACAAUCAGCUAAAGGAGCUUUUAAAGAUUCGCUUAUGAUUAGCAUCUAUGAAAGUGAUGAGAUCAAAAAAGGCGCCACAUUACAACAGAUUCUCGAGCUUCCAUAUCCAAAAUAUGUGUUUGAACAACUUUGUGACGCUAUCAGAGAUCGAAUGAACAAGCCAAAUAUCUCGCAUGGUAUAGUAAUUACAGUUGCGGCUUCCGAAUUUGAAGAACAUGUUGUAUUACCAACUACUAUUUCUCAAGCGUAUUAUUUAUAUAAUCUUGGCAAGCCUCAAUCACAACGUGGCCUUGAGUUCACUUAUAUUUAUUGGCAAGCAAUGGAUGGGAAUAUGAUGUUAACAGUGGCCAAUGAAAAACUUAUUCCAGGUGAACAACAAUUCGAUCUUCGAUGUGUUGUUUGUUAUAUUGCAGAAAAACCAUCAACAGUGACUGAAGAAUACCGUGAAGCAUUUUCGUAUUUGAAUGAUGGUUUACCAUUUCAACAUGGUAAUAAUGUCACGACAAAUCGAUUUAAAGCUAAAUCAAAUACAUUCUAUCGAGGUUGUAAUACUGAUGAUUACUUCACCUUUUGUUUAAAAAUAAGUCAUAUGACAGGUCAAGUAACACUUUCUCAUGCUGGACCAAAUAGUAUUUAUAAUCAUGAAAAGAUUGAAUGUCAAUUCAAUACAUCUGAAUUCGAUCUAUCGAAAUUAGAAUUUAUUCAUCUUAGUGCUGGAUCUCAAGAUGUUCCUGUACGAAAUCUAACAAUUAAUUUUGAAUCAAUACCUGAAUUACAUCCAUCAGUCGACAUGAAUUUCAAAAAAGAUACAUCGAAUCUACUUGAAAAAUAUCUUGUUACACCUUCAUAUGUCGAUCAGAAUGCUCUCAAUAAUAAUGGAACAGGAGGAGGGCGACCGAUGCAGGUUAUUCGACCAUCACAAUUGAAUGGCCCGAGUGUGUUAGAUAGAGUAACAAACAUAUUUUUGUGUCGUCAUUCGAAUGCAAUUGAACCAGCAUCACUAUCGGAUAAUGCUCUUCCUACAUUGAAACCUUGUAAAGAUUCUAUAUAUUGUGUACAACAACACUCAUCAAAGCAUAAGAAACAAUAUUCUCAUCCUUGUGGUUACUCUGAAUUAUGUAUAAGAAAAGCCAAGGAACCUUAUCUUACACAUGAACGUCAUAAUGCACUUAAAUGUGCACAAGAUAAAAAUUGUUUAGAAAAACAUGAUCCUAUUCAUCGUGCAACUUAUCGUCAUACAAAUCUACCUGACUAUCUUAUUCCAUGUCGUAAACAAACUAAUUGUCCAGAUCAAUCACCAAAACAUCGUAUAAAAUAUUUUCAUGGUGAAAAUUUACCUCUAAUUAGACGUAAAUCAUAA